CCAGCACCUGCGACACAGAGACGUACACGAGAUCGUAUUCGACGACCGCAUUCUAUCUGCCAAACAAAGACAGGCCAAACUUGUCCGUUCUAACGGACGCUCACGUGCGCCGCGUCCUCACCCAGCCUGGCGCUGCUGGCAAUCUUACUGCCACUGGCGUCGAAUUUGGCUAUGGUGGCGAUAUUCAUAGCGUGCGAGCCACCAGAGAGGUUAUUUUGAGCGCCGGAGCGCUCAAGUCUCCGCAGAUCCUAGAGUUGUCUGGGAUUGGCCGAAAUGAUGUACUGUCGAAGAUUGGAAUUCCCGUCAAGCUCGAUCUUCCUGGUGUCGGCGAAAACAUGCAAGAACACAUGGCACUUGCGAUGUCGUGGGCUAAAAGACGAGCUCUUGUAAGUAGUACUUUGACCCUAAUACACGCAGUGUUUCUAACAAAGGUUCUGAUUAGCAAGCGACCUCAGGAACACAGUGUUUCUACGAUGCCCAUGGCGUUCUUCCCUCUGGACCAGAUCUCGGACAAGGCGGGACAGAUCUGUGCACGGGCUAAGGAAGAGAUCGGCAAGCUAGACCAUGACACAGUUCCUGCCGGCUACGUCGACCAGACGCGACUACCGUUGGCGCGUCUUGACCCGAAGACAAGCAGUCCCAUCUACGAGCUAACCGCGUCGCCCGGAUUUCUAUCAGGUCCCAAUCCACCUACCCCCGGAAAGCAUUAUAUCACGCUCUUGGUGUUGGUUAAUAUCCUGUUCUCUCGUGGAAGCAUCCACAUCAGAUCGAGUGACCCAAACGAGGAUCCUGACCUCGACCCGCGCUACCUCGAACGCAACGUUGAUGUGGACAUGUUGCUUGAGGCGACCAAGUUCACGCGCAACCUGGCGAACAACAGUCCCAUUAAAGACAUGAUUGUUAAGGAGGUCAAUCCUGGUCCCUCCAUACAGACGGAUGAGCAGCUCCUCAAUUGGGCUAAGUCAAUCCUCGCCUCUGGCCUCCAUACCGUGUCCUCACUCUCGAUGUUGCCAAGAGAGAAGGACGGCGUUGUAGACCCCAAGCUGAAGGUUUACGGGACAGAUAACCUGCGUGUCGUCGAUCUCUCGAUUGUUCCGCUGCACAUCUGCUGCCACACACAGUGUGAGCCUCCGCAGAUACGUCUUGAGCUGCCGUUGUUACUGAGUACCGUUCUUCGCCAGCCACGGCAUACUUGCAUCAGGGAAAAACGCCAGCGCCACACAGCGCUCCGGGUGCUGCGGGGUUCUGGUAGACUGGUAGAAUGGUACCCGAUUCGGCAGCCCUCUGUGGCUCUCGCUGCGCCUCCGUGGCACCAGUAG